AUGAAUAAUUUUGAAAAGGUUGAGGCUUUUGGAUAAUUGCCAUAAGCUAGAUUUGGACAUACUAUAACAUAUAUUGCAAAGGGAAAAGCUAUAUUAUUUGGAGGUAAAAGAGAAUAAUUAAAUGAAAGGGGCAACUGGAGACACAGGAAAAUAUAGUAUUACAGGAGAUACGUUCUCGUUCGAUAUGUAAAGUAAAUAAUGGAAGAGAGUUGAAGGUAUUUAAAAUAAAGAAAAGAGUAGUUUAGGGUACAGCACCAUCUCCUCGAGCAGCACAUUCAGCAGUAUGUGUAGAUAUAAAUUAAAUAGUAAUUUAUGGAGGAGCAACAGGAGGUAAUAUAUAUAUAGAUUAUUUAUAUUAGGUGGUAGUUUGGCAUCAGAUGAUCUUUAUUUAUUAGAUUUGAGAUCAAAUGAUGAUUUAGGUUAAUGGACUGUAGUACCAGUUGUAGGAACUACACCAGGUAGAAGGUAUGGACAUACACUAACCUUUACUAAACCAUUUUUAAUAGUUUUUGGAGGAAAUACUGGAUAAGAGCCAGUCAAUGAUUGCUGUAUUAAUAAUACAUUUAAUUUUAAGGGUGUGUAAAUGUAGAGAAGAGUCCUAUUACUUGGGCUAGAUUAGAAUGUAAAUCAGAAUAGCCAUUAGCAAGAGUAUAUCAUUCUGCUAGUAUUUGCACUAAUGGAAGUGCUAAUGGAAUGGUUGUAGCAUUUGGUGGAAGAUCAAAUGAUUAAUAAGCAUUAAAUGAUGCAUGGGGAUUAAGAAGACAUAGAGAUGGAAGAUGGGAUUGGGUGAAAGCUCCAUAUAAAAUUGAUAAAGAAUAACCUGUUGGUAGAUAUCAACAUACUACAUUGUUUGUUUAUAGCAUGCUUGUUGUUAUUGGUGGUAGAACAGGAAAUGUUGGGGAAACAUUGACAAUAGAUGUUUAUGAUACUGAAACAUCAGAAUGGUCUAAAUUUAAUAGUAUUUAGAGAUUUAGACAUUCAUCAUGGUUAGUAGAUACUAGUAUAUUUGUUUAUGGAGGAUUUGAAUUAGAUUCACCUAAUAUUCCAACUGAUAUUAUUUCUAAAAUCAAUUUAAAUAGAUUGCUAUUACCAAGUGAAACAUUAACUAAUAAAUUAGCUUAAUAUUAAUAAGCUCAAAGAAAGUAUUAUUUUAUCUUAAUUAAGUGUAUCACCUCAAUCACUAUCACCUUAAAUGACUCCGAUAUCCCCAGAUACUUAAGCUUCUCCUUUAAAUAAUUCAUUAAUUCAAAAAAAACCAGGCCAAACUAAUUAAAAUACUCAAAAACAAUAAAAACCAUUUGCUUAAAAUUAAGCUGAUAAAUCUUAAUUUAAAUUUAUCAAUUAAGCUGUAGUGGCUGAAGAAACACGUGAUUCUAAAGCUCCUAAUAGAAAACCAAGAUUGCCUUAAUCUGCAUAAGAAAAUAAUAUUGCUCAUUUAUUCAUAAGCACAUUAUUAUAACCUAAGACUUUUAUUAAUAUCUCUGAAAAUGCUAAAUUUUUAUUUUAAGCUUAACAUAUACUUAUGUUAUGUGAUUAAGCAGAAGCUAUAUUAAAAGAAUAACCUAUGGUUUUAAGAUGUAAAGCUCCAAUAAAGAUUUUUGGAGAUAUUCAUGGAUAAUAUUCAGAUCUUAUGAGAUUCUUUGAUUUGUGGGGAUCUCCAUUUGUAGAUGGUAAGGAUAGCGAUAUAGAAGCAUUUGAUUAUCUAUUUCUCGGAGAUUUUGUAGAUAGAGGUAAUCAUUCUUUAGAAACUAUUUGUUUGUUAUUGGCUCUAAAAGUAAGAUUUCCAGAAUCAAUUCAUUUGAUUAGAGGAAAUCAUGAAGAUAAAUGGAUAAAUAAUGGAUUUGGAUUUUCAGAGGAAUGUGCAUAGAGAUUAGGUGAAGAUCCUAAUGAUGAAGAUUCAGUAUUUGCAAGAGUUAAUCGAUUAUUUGAAUGGUUACCAUUGGCAGCAAUAGUUGAAGAUAAGAUAAUUUGUCUUCAUGGAGGAAUAGGGAGUUAAUUAAAUUAUGUAGCAGAAAUAGAAAAUUUAUAAAGACCUUUAGAAGUAAUUCAUGAAGUUACAACACCAGAAUAAUAAUUAGUGGUUGAUAUUUUAUGGUCAGAUCCAACUGAUACAGAUUAAGAUUUUGGAAUAUAACCAAAUAUUAUAAGAGAUCCUGCAGGUACUGGAAAUAUAGUAAAAUUUGGACCAGAUAGAGUUAUAAAUUUUCUUAUUAAAAAUAAUCUUUCUCUUAUUAUACGUGCUCAUGAAUGUGUAAUGGAUGGUUUUGAAAGAUUUGCUGGUAAUAUAUUAUUAAUAUUAUAAUUAGGAGGUUAAUUAUUAACAGUAUUUAGUGCAACUGAUUAUUGUGGUAGACAUAAGAAUGCAGGUGCAGUGCUUAUUCUUAAAAGAAAUUUAGAGAUUGUACCAAAAUUAAUAUAUCCUCAAAAUCUGAAUGCUCACAAUUGGAUUGAGGAUGAAGAAGCAUUAAAGAAGAGACCACCUACACCACCUCGUUGGAAAAAUUAAGGUCAACGUAGAAGUUAUGAUUGA